AUGGCGAUGCCCGUGCAGUCUUCGCCCUAUUCUGGAAAUGUUAUUACUACAGAACUUAUACAAAAGUAUUUGGACGAGAAUAAGCAGCUGAUCCUGGCGAUCCUCGACAAUCAGAAUUUGGGAAAACUCAAUGAAUGCGCACAAUACCAGGCUAGGCUUCAACAGAAUCUUAUGUACUUAGCUGCGAUCGCCGAUGCGCAGCCUCAAGUUCCUCCUCCUCAGGCUCCAACGGUUCAGCCAGGUCAGACAUACACGCAGCCUUCAGCAGCGGCGCAGCCUGUCCCAGCAGCUCAAGUUCCAGGCCAGCAGAAAAUGAGGGCCGUCGUUUCUCUACUGUUGCUGCACGCAUGUCUACUAUCUUCGUAUCGCCUCGCCGCAGCGCGCAUCUCGACGCCCACCGAAUUGGACGGCGCCGCGAGUAGCAGCAGCCAUCGUGAGCUACAAGCGUCGUGCCCUGCGGGCGUGGUGUGUCCGGCGGGCGCGACUUGCGUGGUGGACGGCAGCGGCUACCCGUUCUGCAAGUGCGCGGCGGGGCAGGCCAUCAUCAACGGCGUGUGCGCGCCGGCCGCCAGCUGGGCCACCGUCGGCACCAACGUCGUGCUGUACAACCGCGCCUCGUACACCAACUCCCCCAAAACACUCGCGCCCGCUGUGCUGCGCGGCGCGGCGCCGAACACGAGCGCGUGCGUGAACCUGCCAGCGGCGUUCAACGGGACGGUGGGCUCGUUUCGCAUCAUGUGGAACGUGAACGACGGCGUGGCGGACCACCUGGCCGCGUUGACCGCGUGCAGGUCGGCGAGCGGAAUAAUCGCGACGGGCAGGUCCAUCUCGUGCCAGGCCGCCAUCGCCACCAACACGUACCCCUGCGCCACCAAGACCUGCCAGGCCAACGCCUCGUGCUCCGUCGUCAACGGUGCCGCCGUGUGCACGUGCAACGCUGGAUACAGCAUGGUUGGCGGGCAAUGCGUUGUGCCCAACCCGUGCACGGGGUACACCUGUCCCGCCAACUCAGCAUGCUCAAAUGUCAACGGUGUUGCCACAUGCACGUGCAACUCUGGUUACCAGAUGGUCAACGGCCAGUGCGUCGUGCCCAACCCGUGCACGGGGUACACCUGUCCCGCCAACUCAACAUGCUCCAACGUCAAUGGCGUCGCCACGUGCACGUGCAGUACUGGUUACCAGAUGGUCAACGGCCAGUGCGUUGCAAUCACCGACCCCUGCACAACCACCACGUGUCCCGCCAAGGCCACGUGCAGCAGCGUGAAUGGCGUGGCCACGUGUGUGUGCGCCGUGGGCUACACCAUGGUCAGCGGCGCCUGCCAGCCGGCCGCGCCGUGCUCGUUGGUGACAUGCCCGGCCAACUGCACGUGCUCCUCCGCCAAUGGCGUCGCCAAGUGCAACUGCCCCAAGGACCUGUGCUACGGGGUGAAGUGUCCCGACGUCUCUAGGUGCACCUUCCUGCUUGGCGCGCCCGUGUGCACGUGCCCUCCGCCCUACACGCGCCUCAUCGACAACAAGUGCACCAACGCCACGCUGCCCUUUUCCAACUAUCUCGACAAUCACAACGCCGCCAGGGCGGCGGUGGGCGCCAUUCCCCUCGUGUGGAACGCCACUCUGGCAACGAGGGCGCAGGCGUGGGCAACAGCGCUGACCAACAGCACGUACAACUGCGGGCUGUCACACGGCGGCAACAGCGGCGAGGGGCAGAACCUGUCGGGCGCCAGCCCCUCGGGGUGGGCCUCAGAUGCGGCGGCCGUGAGCUGGUGGGUGGGCGAGGGCGACCUCUACUCGUACGCCGUCUUCUCGGGGGGCUGCAGCACCGGCAACUGGGCUGACUGUGGUCACUACACGCAGGUCAUUUGGAACAACACGCGCACCGUGGGCUGUGCCAAGGCAUCGUGUGGCACGAGUGCAGAUGUGUGGGCGUGCCACUACUACCCGCCCGGCAACUAUGGCGGGCAGCUGCCCUAUGUGCAAGACCCGUGCUACCGGGUGGCAUGUCCGUCCACAGCGACGUGCACGGUGCGGUACGGGCAGGCGGUGUGUGUGUGUGGGGCGGGGCAGGUGCUGGUGAACAACGCCACGUGCCAGCCCGACCCCUGCAGCAGUGGCAGUACCACGUGCCCCGGCAACCUCGUGUGUGACGGCUCCUCCGGCUCCGCCCAGUGCGCCUGCCCCACCGGCCUCGUGCCCAUCAGUGCAGACACCUGUGUCCCGCCGGCGUGUGUGGGAGCGGUGUGUCCGGCGCAGGCGACAUGUGCGGUGGACGGGAGUGGGUACCCGUUCUGCCAGUGCCCCACGGGGUGGUACAUGAGCAGCAACGUGUGUGUGCAGGGCACACCCACAGCCGUGGCGGCCACGAGCCUGGCCAUCUACAACAACGCCUCCUACACCUCCACUGCCCCCGCGCUGGGCCCCACGCUCGUGCGCACGGGGCUGCCCGCCAACUCGUCGCGCGGCAGCUGCGUCGACAUCCCCGGCGGCAUCGCCGCGGCGUCGCUGCGCGUGCUGUGGAACGUGCCCGACAGCACGGGGGCACCCAAGCAGUCGUGCGGGCUGCUGUGGUUCUGGACCAGCGCCUCCUGCUACGGCUCCGCCACCGGCUAUUACCGCCCCGCCGGCGAUGUCACCAACUUCGCCACCACAUCGGGCAACGUGGCCCUCGUCAAGGCCGUUGCCUGCGCCAUCUGA